AUGAUCAUCUUGCUGGGAGCCGGUGGAGCUGCGACUGCGGCGACGAUGGUCAGAGCCUAUCUCAACGUCCAAUACAUGCGCUCGAAAAACGUGUCAGCCGACUUUGCCUUGAUAAUCAUGACAACCAUUCUUGAGCUAUCCAUUGGCUUCGCGUGUGUCUGCCUCCCGUCGGCAAAACUUAUCUUCGACAGAGCAAUGUCGUCGCUCAGUCAACACACCCGAAGCUGGUUUGGCCAGGAGAGGCCAAUCGGCCUGGACCAAAAGCCGACCAGUACCAUAUCAACCUACUGGGAUUCGAUUCGAUCCAAGAUGACUACGACAACGCGGACUGCCAGCAUGACAGCAGGGGCUAUGCAGUCUUCCAGAGCUUCACGACGAAUGCGGCGCGGACGUGACGUUGGGCCGGGCUUUGACAGUGAACCAGUCGUUUUCCAGCAGCGUCUCGAGGUUCCGAGCCUGAGGUCGACAUCUGAUGCAAGAUCCUGCGCCAGCCGGUCCGGCGACCACCGAGGUCUGUCGGAUAGUGAAUUUGCGCAUUGCAUGAGAGAGCUCUCAUCUUCAAAAGGUCAGAGCGAUGAAUUAUCUGACAACAGGAGAGACUCCAUCGUUGACUUUGACUUGGAAAUAGGCGAUGGCCUGUAA